AUGGAAUUAGGUAGUGAAAGUUUAUUAGGACUUGUUGAACGUUUACAUGCAGACGCUAGUGCUGCUGGUGCCGGUACGCCAUACUUGUACCAGAAGUAUUGGCAAGAUUCUUUUGUUCAUGGUCGCCCUUAUGGUUCAAAAGCUGAUGUUUGGUCCUUAGGUGCUAUUCUUUAUUAUAUGCCUUAUGGCAAACCAUCAAAAUAUAAUCCACGAGCAGCAAAUCCACCACAUGGAUAA